AUGCAACUAGCGCUUCUGGACUUUGAAACCGUGUUCGACUCUCCCCACCGAGGCCGUCUUUUCAACGCGCUUCGCGCCGAUGGAGUACCAGGAAAGUUCGUUCGCUUGCUUGAUGACAUGAAUCAACGAACAACUGCUGCAGUUCGAACACCAGCCGGAUGUACAACACCGUUUGAAGUGGUAACUGGAGUAAGACAAGAGGCAGUGGCAGGACCUUUCCUGUUCAAUUUAGCAAUCGACGACAUUAUGCGAAGAACAGUCGACCAGUGUCCUGCUGACAUUGUCUUACCACCAUCUGGGUGCCCCUUGACUGACCUCGAGUACGCCGACGAUGUUGUUAUAUUCGCGGAAAGCAGUACGAAACUUCAACAUGUUGUCAACCUUGUAUCGAAGCUGGCUGCAGCCUAUGGACUACGCCUAUGCCCUGAUAAAUGCAAGCAGAUGUGGAUCUCUUCGAGACCACGAACGGGAAUCAGGGUGGACGGACAACUAACAGAACUCGUCAAUGAGCUCUGUUAUCUGGGCUGUACGCUGAAGAACAACGGCAGCUACAAGAGAGAUGUUCAGCAAAGAUGCACUAAGGCCACUUCUGCAUUUACUCCUUAA